CGCCAACUAUCUGCAUUAAAAUAAAGACCGAGAUUCUGGAUGAGAUUGAGAAUUUUUCGGCCAACGAUGAGCUGGAUAUCGAGCAGCAUGUCAGGACGUCGCGUCCAUCGGAAAAUGUAUCGCGCCAUGAAAAUUCCGAACAGAUCCCAAAAUCGGACUGUCAAAGAAAUGCAAGCGUUUCGCUUUCUCGGAGACAAAUGGAGUACACUGACUUAAAGGAAUACAUCGUGGCAUUGACAAGAGGAAGGCUUUUAAUGUGCAGCGUCUGCAGAAUUGAAUUUUCGAACGAGAUCGAAUUCGGGAUUCACAUGAUUGGACACAGCCAUGAAAAAUUUCUCCAGUGCGGACUUUGCAGAAAGCAAUUCUCACGAUCGUCAACCUUAAAGAAUCACCUGCAUAUGCAUUUUAUUCCGAAGCCUUUUGCGUGCAGACAAUGUGAGCUCCAAUUUCAGAAAAAACGUGCGUUGGAGAAACACUACGUCGAAGCGCACACACGAGAAAGAACGUUCGAGUGUUCUAUUUGCAAGAAAAAAUUGCUGCACCACCGAUCGCUGCGCGAUCACAAACUGAUGCACGCUAACGCGAGGCUCCACAAGUGUACGACUUGCGGCAAGGGUUUUCCAAGGUCCAGCAGUCUCCGGACUCACAUGAUCGUCCACACAGCGGACUUGCCGUUCGCGUGCGAUCUCUGUCCGGCAAGGUUCAAGAGAUCGUCGGUGCUGAAGACACAUAAACUGACGCACACGGGCGUGAGAAGAUUCGAGUGCGACAUCUGCAAGCAUCGUUUCCACCUGAAAGGCGCGCUCAAGCAUCAUAUAUUGGCGCAUUAUGGUAUCAGACCCUAUAAAUGCGAAGAUUGCGGCAAGAGCUACAGGAGGUCCUGGGGUCUCAAGGUGCACAGGUAUCGACAUACCGGUAUAAAGCAAUUCGAGUGCGACUUCUGCAAGCUGCGCUUCAGCGUGAAGACAAAGCUGGCGAAUCAUAUUUAUACGCAUACCGGCGAGAAACCGUACAAGUGUGAUAUUUGCGGUCGUCAGUACUGUGAAAGAUAUCAGUUGAAGGCGCACAAGGAUACACGACAUUAUUCUGCAACUCGUUGAAACUGAAGAUCAUAUAAAUCUUAUUUUUGUAGCCAAAAUUAUUAGAAAGUCUGAUUAAACG